UCUAUCCACCACAACAUGCACACACUGGACAACAACUACAACACAGCACCUCAGACUCUAAGCUGCACAGGGAGGGUGGACCCCCGCGGUGUGCGCCUCACUCGAGCAAUGAUCUUUGCCAUUGAGGAGAUCAAUAACAGCACGGAGCUGCUGCCAGGAGUCAAACUCGGAUAUCAGAUCCACGACUCGUGCGCCUCCGUACCCGUGGCCAUGCAUGCAGCAAUUCAGCUGCUAAACGGCAAUGACUCCGUGUUUAAUUCAGGCGACAACUGUUCUCACUCUGGUGUGGUGAUGGCUGUCGUUGGUGAGUUUGGAUCCACGCCGUCCAUGAGCAUAUCGCAUGUUACGGGACCGUUUAACAUUCCCCUGGUGAGUCCCUACUCCACGUGUGCCUGCCUUUCAGAUAAGAAACAGUAUCCCAAUUUUUUCAGAACAAUUCCCAGUGAUUAUUACCAAGCUGACGCCCUGGCCAAGCUGGUGAAACACUUUGGCUGGACUUGGAUUGGAGCUGUCCGGUCGGACUCGGAUUAUGGAAAUAACGGCAUGGCAGCCUUUCUAGAAGUCGCACUCCGAGAGGGGAUCUGCGUGGAGUACUCUGAAGCCUUCUAUCGGACCGACCCGCGCAGCAAAAUCAAAAGAGUCGCUGAUAUUAUCAGAAGGUCAACAUCAAAAGUCGUGGUGGCUUUUACAGCAAUUGGAGACAUGAAGAUCCUGUUAGAGGAGUUGGCUCAGGAGCCUCCUCCGCCUCGCCAGUGGGUCGGAAGUGAGGCCUGGAUAACCGAACCACAACUGCUGAGCUACACUUUCUGUGCGGGGGCCAUCGGAGUUGCCAUCCAGCAAUCUGUCAUCCCCGGCUUUAGAGAUUUCCUCCUGGAUCUCUCUCCCUCAGAAGUGCGUGGCUCGUCAGUGCUGACUGAGUUCUGGGAGGAUGCGUUCAACUGCAGCCUGACAGAAAGCGACCGUACAUCCAAAAGAAUGUGUAAUGGAAAAGAAGACUUGACGACACUCCAGAGUCCGUACACCGAUACAUCUCAGCUGAGAAUAUCGAACAUGAUGUACAAGGCUGUUUAUGCAAUAGCACAUGCUAUUCAUAACGCUUUGUUUCAAAAAGUAAAUUUCACCCUUCUUCAAACUGGAGUCAAAAGACUGGAGUCAAAAGAGGUUUUUACUGAGCUUAAGAAAGUCAACUUUUCCCAAAAUGGUUACCAUGUGUCAUUUGAUGGGAAUGGGGAUCCAGUGGCUUUUUAUGACCUGGUGAACUGGCAGAAGAGUGAGAGCAGAACAAUCGUUCCUUUAACGGUGGGGUUUUAUGACGCAUCGCUGCCAGAAGGGCAGACUUUCCGUAUCAACAGGAAAAUAACCUGGGUCGCAGGUGGCACUCAAGUUCCAGUAUCAGUUUGUUCAGAGAGUUGUCCUCCAGGAACUCGUAAAGUGUUGCAGAAAGGAAAACCAAUCUGCUGCUAUGACUGUAUACCAUGUCCUGAAGGAGAGAUCAGCAACAUGACAGAUUCUCCUGAUUGCAUUCCAUGUCCAGGAGAGUUCUGGCCAAAUUCAAAGAAAGAUGCUUGUUUCCACAAACCAGUAGAAUUUCUUUCCUUCGAUGAAGUCCUGUCAAUCAUCUUGGCUGUAUUUUCUGUUGGUGGAGCCUUUCUGGCCAUUAUUACAGGAAUGCUUUUCUUCCAUCAUAGAACAACUCCAAUUGUCAGAGCCAACAACUCUGAGCUGAGCUUCCUGCUGCUCUUCUCUCUGACUCUGUGUUUCUUAUGUUCAUUAACUUUCAUUGGAGCCCCCUCUGAGUGGUCCUGCAUGCUGCGGCACACAGCGUUUGGCAUCACAUUUGUUCUCUGUAUCUCCUGUGUUCUUGGCAAAACUAUAGUGGUUCUAAUGGCCUUUAAAGCUACACUUCCUGGUAGUAAUGCUAUGAAAUGGUUUGGUCCUCCACAGCAAAGAAUGACUGUAGUAUCUUUUACAUUUAUUCAGGUUAUAAUAUGUAUCAUUUGGUUGGUUGUGAGUCCUCCCUUCCCAGUGAAAAAUCUGACCACCUACAAGGAGAAGAUCAUCCUGGAAUGUGCGUUAGGCUCUGCUGUUGGUUUCUGGGCUGUGCUCGGCUACAUCGGCCUGCUGGCUGUGUUUUGCUUUGUGUUAGCUGUUCUAGCUCGGAAACUACCUGAUAAUUUCAACGAAGCCAAGAUGAUAACCUUCAGCAUGUUGAUAUUCUGUGCAGUCUGGAUCACCUUCAUCCCAGCUUAUGUCAGCUCUCCUGGGAAAUUUACUGUGGCUGUGGAGAUUUUUGCUAUUCUGGCCUCCAGUUUUGGACUGAUACUGUGUAUAUUUGCUCCAAAGUGUUUCAUCAUUUUGUUUCGGCCAGAGAAAAACACUAAAAAACAUUUAAUGAAUAAAAACCAACACUAA